UAUGUGUGAAUAAUAAAAACAUAUAAUACUUCAUUUAAAAAAAAAAAAAGAAAAUAAGAAACAAUUGUAAAAAAUAAAAACAAAUUUUUUUUUUUUCAAUUUCCAUAUCUCCAGUAGAAAAUUCAAUAAUCAAUUCGGUGUAAAGUGAGAUAAAUUUUUAUGUAUCUCGAUUAACUUAACUGUGUAUCUCGAUUAUCAUUAAUUUGGCUGUGCAUUCGAUUAAUUAUCAUAUCGUUUUUUGUUUUUUUUUUUUUCGAAGGAAUUUGUUAAACAUUUGCGACAUAUGAUUAAGGCAUAAUUAAACUGUUGCCUCUACGUAUAUUAACGCCAACGUCAACGGUUAAUACGUAUUGCACGCGUGCAUGUAGUUGUAGUAAGCUGGCGAAAUGUUGGGGAGAUUACAGGGGCACUAGCUAUUGAGUAAAAGUAUACGCAAAUCCUAAACGGGGCAUAUAUGUAUUCGUGCUUAUAUAGAAGGAAUCAAAAAAAUUCACAAGCAUGAUUGCGGAGGAGAAAAAAGUGCAACAGCAGCAACAAACGAAUUGCAAUGAGCUCCGUAGCAUUCCAUUGAGGAGUAAUGUAUUUACUGAACGAUUUUUCGGUUCCUUCAAUUGGGAAGAAUUCGCAUGCGGUUGCGGAGCAGCCUUUGUCAAUAUAGCGAUUACCUAUCCCAUUUAUAAAAUGAUAUUUCGACAAAUGCUACAUGGUGUACCUAUAACAUCGGCCUUUAGUCAACUGCGGCAUGAAGGUCUAAUGUUUUUAUAUCGCGGCAUGCUACCUCCACUCGCACAAAAAACUAUUUCACUGUCAAUUAUGUUUGGCGUAUUUGAUGGAACGAGACGUUACCUAGUUGAUGAUUAUCGCAUGAAUGCGUAUAAAGCUAAAAUUGUUGCUGGGAUUACUGCCGGAACAGUGGAAACUGCUUUAUUGCCAUUUGAGCGUGUCCAGACACUUCUCGCCGAUGCGAAAUAUCAUCAGUACUUUGAAAAUACCCAGCGAGCGUUUAGAUAUGUUUUUGUACAUCACGGCUUCCAUGAGCUAUAUCGUGGUAUUGUUCCUGUACUCUGGAGAAAUGGUCCAUCAAAUGCACUAUUUUUUAUAUUACGUGAGGAAGCAUCUAUUAGGCUACCUCAACGGUCAUCAAUCUCGACAAGAGCUGCGCAAGAAUUUAUUGCUGGAGCAAUAAUAGGAGCUAGCAUAAGUACGUUAUUUUACCCGCUAAAUGUAAUUAAAGUGGCUAUGCAAAGUAGUAUGGGCCAUCCGGCGGAAAGCAUGUGGACGACUACGUUAAAAAUUUACAAAGAACGAGGAAAUAGUAUUAUGUACUUUUAUCGAGGAUGCGGUUUCAAUACAGCUCGAUCAUUUAUUAGUUGGGGUAUUAUGAAUGCCGCCUAUGAAAAUUUAAAAAAUCUCAUGACAUUGGACAGCCUCUAGAUUGAUCAUUAACAAUGCCAAAACCCAACGAUUGAUCUUGACGAGGUUUUCCAGAGGCCCUGUCAUAUCCAAACAAUAUUUAUAAUCAUCGGAAGCUGUACGUAUGUAUUUUUUAGUUAAUUUUUAAAAGAGAAGGAACUCGUAUA